UUAUAUUUUGAAUUUAAAACACAACACUUUGCAAUGAAUGUUGCAAUACCAUUCAUUGUCUUGGCUUUUAUUUUUUCAGCUACUUCACAAUCUUGUGAUAGAAAGAUUUUCAACAAACUUGAAGAAAUUCAGAGGGAACUCAAAAAAAUUCAGACAACUCAUUUUCGAGGAUGCAAACCAGGAUGGAAAAGAUACCAAAAUCAUUGCUAUGCGUUUUUUAGACACGGAAUGAAUUGGUUCGAAGCUCAGAUGUAUUGUAGACAGCGUGGGGGAUUUCUAGUUCAUAUCGACAAUUAUAAGGAAAACUACUGGGUUGCAAGUCAUUUCAGACAAGAAAACCUAUGGAUUGAUGGAACAGAUAUUGCUAGAGAGGGAUAUUGGAAAUCCUUUUCCACUGGUCAUUUCGUGUUUACUAACUGGUCAAAGGGCGAGCCCAAUAAUGCUGGAAGGUCACAACAUUGUGCCAAGAUAAACUAUGGUGGGCUAGGGAAGUGGGAUGAUGACACUUGUUUUACAAAAUAUUCUUUUAUUUGCGAAGUAUCAG